AUGUGGGUGACGGGCGCCAUGAGCCCAGGCAGCAUCCUGCCCGGAGCUGGAGCUGUUUGGGGGCAACCGGCUGGAUCAUCCGAGCCUCCACACCCCGGCGGGGGAGAGGGGGCAAGCGGGACCCCAGGAUCUGCCCUCCUCAAAGCCCCCGCGGCACCGUCACGAAGCUCGCUGCAUCCCUGCACCACCCUGCUAACCUCCCCACGUCUAUUUGUUGCAGUGAUCCGAGCAAAGGCCGUCUCUGCGAAAGAGGUGGAUUCAGGGAACGAUAUAUAUGGGAAUCCGAUCAAGCGAAUCCAGUACGAGAUCAAGCAGAUCAAGAUGUUUAAAGGCCCUGACAAAGACAUAGAGUUCAUUUACACGGCUCCGUCCACGGCUGUGUGCGGUCGGGGGGUCGGGAAGAAGGAGUAUCUCAUUGCAGGUAGGCAGGCGCGGAGCAGCCCGUGCUGGGGCUGUGGGCAGGGCAGCCUGGCUCCGAGGGCUCUUGGGGGAUGUCUGCAUCCAGGGCGGACCCUGGGCCUCACGUGCCUCGGGAGGCACUGCAAAUGCACAGCAGCUCCCAGGGCAGCAGGUACCCUCUUCUUCCUGCUGCUGGGCAGCUGCUGCCCUGGGGGGCUGCUCUGGACCCUCUGCACUGGGAGAGCCUAUGGUCAGAGUCAGUGGGAUGCUGCAGUCAGGGACUGCGGUCCAGGGGGCUGUGGGAUGCUGCGGUUACAAGGGCUGCGGGAUGCUGCGGUCAGGGGCAGCAGGAUGCUGUGGUCUGGAGGGGCUGUGGGAUGCUGCGGUUAUGGCAGCUACAGGAUGCUGUGGUCCAGGGCUCCAGGAUGCUGUGGUCAGGGGCAGUGGGAUGCUGCGGUCCAGGGGGGGCUGCAGGAUGCUGUGGUCCAGGGGGAUAUGGGACACUGCGGUCGGGGGCUGCAGGAUGCUGCAGGUGGGGACUACGGGAUGCUGCCACCAAGCCUGUGGGCAGGAGACAGAAGCUGGGCAAUGCUCAGGGGCUCUGUCCGGAGGAGGACAGGCCUGGGAGGAGGGCAGCUUCUCCCUGCUGUUUUGAAAGGCAGGAGCAGGUAG